GUGGUGCGUAGCUAAAUUUCGGCGUUUCACGAAAGCGUCUUAAUUCACGUUGUAUCCUACGUUACGACGUAACUUUACGUCACCUUGGAGGUGACGUAAAAUUACGUCCUAACGUUAAUUUUCAAAGAUGGCAGCGUUCAUGAUAGUCACAGACGAACAGGUGCGUCGAAAUUUACGCAGACAGCGCGUGUUCCGGGACAGGCAGAAUCCACUUGAUGCUUAUGACGACAUCGAUAUUAUCCAUCGUUACCGAUUAGACAGAAUGACCAUCAUUAGUAUCAUUGACAUAGUUCAAGAUCGUCUAGAGAGACUAACAAAAAGAUCUGCGAGUCUUCCAGCCUCAUUGCAAGUGUUUGCUACAUUAAGAUUCCUUGCUUCCGGCUCCCAGCAGAGAGUGUUUGGAGACACUAUGGGAAUUUCCAAGUCAUCUGUUUGCAGGUCUAUAGACGAUGUUAUCAAUAUCUUGUGUCGGACAAUGAACAACAUCAAGUUUCCGACUGGUGAUGCUGAGACAACAAGGACGAAGGUUGGUUUCCAUGCAAUCGCUGGUUUCCCUAAUGUCCUUGGCGCCAUCGACGGGACUCACAUACCCAUCACGGCACCUACAACAGAUGAACAUUUGUACGUCUGCAGAAAAGGAUAUCAUUCUAUCAACGUCCAGGCCAUAGCUGAUUGUGAUAUGAAAUUUCUGAGCAUUGUUAGUAAAUGGCCAGGAUCAACGCAUGAUGCAUUUAUAUGGGCCAAUUGUUCGAUUGCACAGAAAUUUGAGAAUGGGCAAAUGAAUGGGUGGAUCUUGGGCGAUUCUGGGUACCCUUUAAGACCAUGGCUACUGACACCAGUUGGUAAUCCAACUUCCCGAGGAGAAGAGCGGUAUAAUGGAUCUCACAGGAGAACUCGUGUGGUAGUUGAACAGGCCUUUGGAGUGCUGAAAUCUCGCUUCAGGUGUCUCCACAAAACAGGCGGAGCUCUUGAGUACACACCAGCAAAAUGCUGCAAGAUUGUAUAUGUAUGUUGUCAACUCCAUAAUAUCUGUAUUGAUAAACGGAUUCCCGUAUUUGAGGAACCUGAAGAAGCAUUAGUUGAAGCUCAAGACGAGGUAACUUACCAGGGCCCUGUCAAUGACGGCAAAACAACCAGAGAGCAAUUGAUAAGACAGCGAUUUGCAUAGAAAUACCCAUACGUUUUGGUUGGUUGAAGUUGCUUCUCUGGAGCCUCCGGAAGUGUUGGGGUAGCGGUAGCGGCUUGUUCACUGGAGGAUGGACCUGGGGAUUGCCGUGGUGUUGGGA